GCCAUAUUGGAGAGGCGCCGCCGCUGCCUCCGCGCCGGAUUCCAGCCCGUGUGGGGGCCGCGGCGCGGGAGGAAGGCGCCCCUCUCCCGCCCCGCCGGCGCCCGGCCCGCCCUCUUCGCUUCGACCGCCGUCUCCCCAUGACUGCCUCCGGUCUUGCUACCGACGGACGUCGCCCCAGCGCCGGGAUUUAACCCGGAAGCUUGGGUCGGGCCCGGGGCGGGGAGGAGGAGGGAAGCCCGGUCAGUCCCGCGUCCCCCUCGGGCCGGCGCGGCGCCUGGGCCGGAGCCAUGACCUCGCUGACCCAGCGCAGCUCGGGCCUGGUGCAGCGGCGCACCGAGGCUUCUCGCAGCGCCGCCGACAAGGAGCGGGCGGCGGGCGGCGGCGGCGGCAGCGGCGAGGACGAGGCGCAGAGCCGCCGCGAGGAGCAGGACGACGACGACAAGGGCGACUCCAAGGAAACGCGGCUGACCCUGAUGGAGGAGGUGCUCCUGUUGGGCCUCAAGGACCGAGAGUGCUACACAUCUUUUGAAUCCACCUAA